CCCUAGCUGGUCAUUUUCCAUCCCCCCCAAUCUCCUCGCUGUCUCGCCCGAGGGAGAGAGAGAGAGCUGCCUCCUCCCUUCCAGAUCGCCGCUGGCACCUCCCUCCGGCGGAGCUGGCCGCCGUCCAUGGCCUCCCUCACGCCCUACUCCUCUCACCCCUCCCCUUCCCUCAUCCAACCAAACCGCACGUCGAUGGCCACAUCCCCGCUCGAUCUCGUCGGGAACGAGGCCACCUGCAACCACCGGCCUCCAUCGAUCCAACCAUCCAUCCAUGCCCGCAGCAGCACUCCCGCCGCCCGUGCUCCUUCCCCAGCAGCGAGAGGCUUCGAGAGAGCCGAGGCGCGCCCCGAGCGGGGCGUUCCACCGUCCGUCCCAACCUCCUCCGCCCGCCUCCUUCUGUUUUCUGCGGGUCCUGCAGAUGGCGGCGACGGGCGUCGGCGCCGGGUGCCUCGCCCCCAGCGUCCGCCUGUGCGCUGAUCCGGCGACGGCAGCCCGGGCGUCCGCCUGCGUCGUCCGCACGCGGCUCCGGCGCGUCGCGCGGGGCCGCUACGUCGCCGAGCUCAGCAGGGAGGGCCCCGCGGCGCGCCCCGCGCAGCAGCAGCAGCAGCUGGCCCCGCCCGUCGUGCCCGGCUUCCUCGCGCCGCCCCCGCCCAUGCCUGCCCAGUCGCCAGCCCCGACGCAGCCGCCCCUGCCGGACGGCGGCGUGGGGGAACUCGCCCCCGACCUCCUGCUCGAAGGGAUUGCUGAGGAUUCCAUAGACAACAUAAUUGUGGCUGCAAGUGAGCGGCUGGUAUUUCUGCAUGUUUUAUUACUAGAAUUAUAAUUGAUUACCCAGGGGUCAAGUUAUGUUCCCUUCGCGGCUGGUAGCAUCACCCCCUUUGAACGUUGUGUGACUGUUAGUUAUGCAUCUGAGUGUUCGGUCUGUAGGAUAAUAGGAUCAUCAACUCCCCUAUUUCUUGUUGUUAGUAGUUAAUCUCGGGGAAGAAUUUUCAUGGAAACAUGGAGGAUGAUGCUUUUGCUGUGCAAUUGUUUAUCACCCCUCGUAAUAUGUAUAUUUAGCGGUUACUACUAAAAGUUUUGCAUUUGAGUGCUGGGUAGGUAGGAUCUUAGGAUCAUCAACUCUUGUACACUGUUUUAACUGGUUCUGCAUCUGUACAUACAUGUGUACAGCCGUAAAUCCAAGUGUACAUGCUGUCUUUUGCAGGCUUAUUUCAGGUUGUGGUUGUUUGUCCUAAAAUAUAUCAGUCUAUUUUUUUUAUAUCCUCGUCCACUAAUCUGGGCACUCGAUUUACUCGAAGCCUUGUGAAUCAGGUUAUGCAAACCUGUUGCAUUUAGCACCAUCAAAGCUUGUUACUACAUCAGUUGCUUGCUCGAAGUGUCUUGUCCUUGGAUUCUUUGAUUUUAUCCUGGUGUGCACAACGCUGGUAUUUCUGGAUAAGCUGAAACUAGUUUCUCCACCAUAUGAUAUCUAGCUGUUGGGUGCUAAUUAUAGUUACUUUAUAUGAAGAAACACUUACCUUGCAGCCAUCUAAUAUGCAAUUCUAAUAAUAUGUGAUGCCUGCUUUUUUUAGUUGUAUAUGCCAUUCGUGCAUGAAUUCCUUUUCUUAUGUACCAACUCCCUAAUCAAUGUUUUG